ACCGUUUAGAAGGUAGCACAGGAGAAAUGAAGAUGCAUUUGUUUGUGCAAGUGAUAGCUGCUUCGGUGAUGCUGAUGGCAGGAGUGGAUUCCUCGCCGGAGAUCAUGAAGGAUUUGUCCAUCAAUUUUGGUAAAGCACUGGAUACGUGUAAAAAAGAGCUUGACUUGCCGGACUCCAUAAAUGAAGACUUCUACAAAUUCUGGAAGGAAGACUACGAGAUCACCAAUAGACUCACAGGCUGUGCCAUAAAGUGUCUCUCAGAAAAGCUGGAGAUGGUUGAUGCUGAUGGAAAAUUGCAUCAUGGGAACGCUCGUGAAUUCGCUAUGAAACAUGGAGCAGAUGAUGCGAUGGCCAAACAGCUAGUGGACCUGAUUCAUGGCUGCGAGAAGUCUAUUCCGCCCAACGACGACCGCUGUAUGGAAGUCCUCAGCAUUGCCAUGUGCUUCAAGAAGGAAAUACAUAACCUCAAAUGGGCUCCUAACAUGGAAGUUGUAGUGGGUGAGGUCUUGGCUGAAGUCUAAAUGAAACGACCCAUAAACAUAGUUACAAUACUAACACUAGACCACAAAAAAAUAUAAUUGCAGCUUUUCGAGUUGAAUUAUGUGUAUUGGGACAGAUAUGUUACAAACAAUUCAUUCCAACCAGUGUAUGUCAUUAAUAAAGAUAUUAUUGUUGUUUCA